AUGACUUUUAGCUACAACCACUCUGCUGUCUCUUCCGGAGAACACUCCAGAAAUACCAAGCCAAAUAUGAAGACUUAUGCAGACGUUUAUGCCAAGAAGAGAAAAGCUGAGGAUGAAAAGCUUGCAGCUUAUCAUCAAAAAAGGCACCAGCUUCAGCAAGUGAGACUAUCGGUUGAAGAUGCAGUUCGAUCUUGCGCGGACGGUGUAGCUUCUGAUUCAGAUGUGGAGGAAAUUGAAUUCGUCUGGAAACCUAUUGAACGUGAGGUUGAGCCAUAUCCACCUAGUAAAAGGGUUGAACGAUUGUCCAAAGAUGAUUUCCGAGCCGAAUGUGAUGAAGACGACUAUUUGGAUGCAACUUAUGAUGAUCCCGAAGACCAUCUAGAAGAAGUUCUCGAAGAAAAUUCAGAAGAUGCUUCUGAAGAAGAACUUGAAGAAGAUUCUGAUCAUGAAGAUGAUGACUGA